AUGAGUUGGUCGAAAUCGAGAUCUACCUCGGAUAGCUCUCAAUUGGAACUGGAAAGUUACAACGGGACUGGUUCGAAUUCCGAAAGUGUCAACUUACAGGAAAAGUGUGCCUUGAGAGUACAAAACAGUAAUGGCUCAUCACAUGUCGAAGAUGACCAUGCCAAGUCUACGUUUGAAGAAACUAUCUCGAGAGUCAUGUCUAAUCAUUCCAGAAAUGAAAAAUUCAUAGUCACUGAUGAUAUGGCUAAGAGUAUUAAUGAAUAUACCGCCAAGUUGAAGAAACAUACCACAAGAGAUGGGGAUUUUGACGAUUCAGACGAAAUAUUUAAUACAGUUACCACCAAUGAAGAUGAUGAAACAGGGUUCAAUGCUCAAAGGAUCAUUAGAGAUAUGGUCAAUAACGCCAAUGAACAAGGUAUCCAUUUAAGAAAAUCAGGUGUCACUUUAGAAGAAGUCUGUGCCGAUGGUAUUGAUGCCUCUGCCUUAGAAGGCCAAACUGUUGGUGAUAUCCUGACCUUACCAUACACCAUUUACAAAGGUAUUAGAAACUCCAAAAAUAAAAAAAUUAGAAAGAUUAUUCAAAAUAUUAAUGUUUUGGCCAAACCAGGUGAAAUGGUUCUUGUGUUGGGGAGACCAGGUGCAGGUUGUUCUUCUUUCUUAAAGACUACUGCUGGUGAAAUCGAUCAAUUUGCUGGGGGUGUCGAAGGUGAAAUAUAUUACGAUGGUAUUCCUCAAUCUGAAAUGAUGAAAAAUUACAAAGCAGAUGUUAUUUAUAACGGUGAAUUAGAUGUCCAUUUCCCCUAUUUGACUGUUCAACAAACUUUAGAUUUCGCUAUUGCUUGUAAGACACCUGCCAUUAGAGUGGAUAACUUAUCAAGAAGUGAUUAUAUUGCAUUCAUUAGAGAUUUAUAUGCAACAAUCUUUGGCUUAAGACAUACUUAUAAUACUUUGGUAGGUAAUGAUUUCGUUAGAGGUGUUUCUGGUGGUGAAAGAAAGAGAGUUUCCAUUGCUGAAGCUUUAGCUGCAAGAGGUACCAUUUAUUGUUGGGAUAAUGCCACUAGAGGUUUAGAUGCUUCUACAGCUUUAGAAUACGCCGAAGCCAUUCGUAUCAUGACUAAUAUUCAACAAUCUACUGCUUUUGUCACCAUUUAUCAAGCCAGUGAAAACAUUUAUAAUUGUUUCGAUAAAGUCACAGUCUUAUAUUUAGGUAAACAAAUUUACUUUGGUAAAAUCCGUGACGCAAAGGAUUAUUUCUAUAGAAUGGGGUAUGAAUGUCCAAGUAGACAAGUCACCGCAGAAUUUUUAACGGCCUUGACAGACCCAAAGGGUUACCAUGUCAUUAGACCUGGUUUUGAAUCUAGUGUCCCACGUACUUCUGCUGAAUUUGAAGAAUAUUGGAGAAACUCCCCAGAAUUUGCUCAAUUAAAACAAGAUAUCGUUGAUUAUAAUCAAUCCGUAAAUACUGAUGAAAUUAGACAAUAUUAUAAAUCUUCCAUGUCUCAAGAAAAGGCCAAAGGUGCAAGAAAGAAAUCUUAUUAUACUUUAUCAUUCCCAGAACAAGUUAAAUUAUGUACCAUCCGUGGGUUCCAAAGAAUUUAUGGUAAUAAAUCAUACACAGUCACCAAUUGUGUUGCAGCUUUGAUUCAAUCUUUCGUUACAGGUUCUUUAUAUUAUAACUCUCCAUCUACUACAAAUGGUGCCUUCUCAAGAAGUGGUGUCCUAUAUUUUGCAUUAUUAUACUAUUGUUUAAUGGGGUUGGCUAAUAUUUCUUUCGAACAUAGACCAAUUUUACAAAAGCACAAGGGGUAUUCCUUAUAUCAUCCUGCUGCCGAAGCUUUAGCCAGUACUUUGUCUGCUUUCCCAUUUAGAAUGAUCAGUUUAACUAUUUUCUUCAUUGUUUUAUUCUUCUUAUCUGGUUUACAUAGAACUGCCAGUAAUUUCUUCAUUUGCUACUUAUUCUUAUCAAUGUGUUCAGAAGCUAUCAAUGGGUUAUUUGAAAUGAUAUCUGCUGGUUGUGAUGAUAUUGCUCAAGCUAAUUCUAUUGCGGGUAUCUUAAUGAUGGCUCUUUCCAUGUACUCCACUUAUAUGAUUCAAUUACCUAAAAUGCAUCCUUGGUUUAAAUGGAUUGCUUAUAUCCUACCAAUACAAUAUUCAUUCGAAUCUAUGUUGAACGCAGAAUUCCAUGGUAGACAUAUGGACUGUGGUGGUACUCUAGUUCCAGCUGGUCCAGGUUAUGAAGAUGUGGCAUCCAAUGAAAAAGUUUGUGCCUUUGCUGGUUCUAGGCCAGGUCAAUCAUGGGUUAAUGGUGAUGAUUACUUGAAAACUCAAUAUAGAUAUCAAUAUAAACAUACUUGGAGAAAUUUCGGUAUUAUGUGGUGUUUCUUACUCGGUUAUAUUGGAAUUAAAGCUAUUGUCACUGAAAUUAAAAGACCUGUCAAGAGUGGUGGUGAUGCUUUAAUUUUUAAAAAGGGUUUCAAACCUACUGAAACUGUUGAAGAUAUCGAAUCUAAUGCUGUUAUAAACAUUUCUGAAAAUAAAGAAAAAUUUACUCCAGCAGAAGAAGCCGAUGAUACUAAUUUGGAAGGCUUAGAAAGUACUGGUAUUUUUAUUUGGAGAGAUGUCUGCUACACUAUUCCUUAUGACGGUGGUAUGAGAAGACUGUUAGAUAACGUUUCUGGUUAUUGUAGGCCUGGUACUAUGACUGCCUUAAUGGGUGAGUCCGGUGCUGGUAAGACUACUUUAUUAAACACUUUGGCUCAAAGAAAUGUAGGUAUUAUUACUGGUGAUAUGUUAGUAAAUGGUCAACCAAUUGAUGCAAGUUUUGAAAGACGUGCCGGUUAUGUUCAACAACAAGAUUUACAUGUCGCUGAAAUGACCGUAAGAGAAUCUUUACAAUUUUCAGCUAGAAUGCGCCGUAAUCAAGAUGUUCCAGAUGAAGAAAAAAUGGCUUAUGUUGAAAAAAUUAUCGAAGUUCUAGGUAUGGAAGAAUAUUCCGAAGCUUUAGUAGGCGCUAUUGGAUGUGGUUUAAAUGUGGAACAAAGAAAGAAAUUGUCUAUUGGUGUCGAAUUGGUUGCCAAACCUGAUUUAUUAUUGUUUUUGGAUGAACCUACCUCUGGUUUAGAUUCUCAAUCUUCAUGGGCUAUUGUCCAAUUAUUAAAGAAAUUGGCUAAUGCUGGUCAGUCUAUUUUAUGUACUAUCCAUCAACCUUCUGCUACUUUGUUCGAACAGUUUGAUAGAUUAUUAUUAUUGAAGAAAGGUGGUCAAACUGUUUACUUUGGUGAUAUCGGUGAAAACUCAGAUAUUUUAUUGAAAUAUUUUGAACGUAAUGGUGCUAGAAAAUGUACUUCUUCAGAAAAUCCUGCUGAAUAUAUUUUAGAAGCUAUUGGUGCUGGUGCAACUGCUUCAGUCCAAGAAGAUUGGCAUGAAGUUUGGAAGAAUUCCCACGAAUUUGCUGAAAAUAGAAUCAAAAUUGAUCAUAUGUUAGAGGAAUUACACAAUUCUCCACCAGAAACUGGUACUGUUUCUAAUUCUAAAUAUGCCACUUCAUAUUUCUAUCAAUUCAGACACGUUUUGUGGAGAAAUGAAGUUGUUUUCUGGAGAAGUAUGCACUAUAUCUUUUCUAAACUGAUGUUACACAUUGUUGGUGGUUUGUUUAUUGGUUUCACUUUUUUCAAUGUCGGUACUUCUUAUAGAGGUUUACAAAGUUCAUUAUUUGCUGCCUUUAUGUCAAUUGUUCAAUCUGCUCCUGCAAUGAAUCAAAUCCAGGCUCGUGCGAUCGCUCAAAGAGAUUUAUUCGAAGUUAGAGAAUCUAAAUCUAACACUUUCCAUUGGUCUUUAAUUAUCAUCACUCAAUAUAUCUGUGAGAUUCCAUACCAUUUCGUUUGUUCUGCUAUUUUCUUCGUUUCCAUGUAUUUCCCAUUAAGAAGUUUCUUUGAAGCUUCAAGAUCUGCUGUUUACUAUUUGAACUAUUGUAUCAUGUUCCAAUUAUUUUAUGUCAGUUUAGGUUUAAUGAUUCUUUAUGUUGCCCCUAAUCUACCAUCUGCUAAUGUCAUCAUGGGUCUAUUAUUGUCAUUUAUGUUAGGUUUCUGUGGUGUUGUUCAACCUGCCUCAUUAAUGCCUACUUUCUGGACCUUCAUGUGGAAAGCUUCUCCAUACACUUAUUUUGUUCAAAAUUUAAUGGGUAUUAUGCUACAUAAAAAGCCAGUUAUUUGUACUAAAUCUGAAUUGUCGUAUUUCGAACCACCAAGUGGUCAAACUUGUGGUCAAUACAUGGAAAAGUUCUUCCAAACUAACUCUGGUUACAUUAAGAAUCCAAAUGAUACAUCAAAUUGUGCUUACUGUGUUUACAGUGUUGGUGAUGAAUAUUUGUCUUAUGUGAGCUCCAAAUAUAGUUACUUAUGGAGAAACUUCGGUUUCUUCUGGGCUUACAUCAUUUUCAAUUUCUUUGCUAUGGUUGGCUUGUACUACAUCAUUCACGUUAGAAAGAUUUCUCUAGGUAACCCUAGUGCUAUUUUAAAGAGAUUCAAGAAAAAUUAA